AUGAAAACGCAGGAGGCAGAUCAGAAGUCUCGAGAGAACGAACAGCUUGGUGAUGAACUGUCCAAGAAAAAUGUAAAGAUUGUGGAAUUAACUGCGGAACUGGAGACGUUACGUGAGAGUUGCGUUGCGCAGAAGAAGCGUAUCACUGACGCUAUGCAAACGAUGCUGAGGGACUUAUCCGAAGUUGGCAGCAAUUAUGCAAAUGCAGCUAAGUUUAAUAUGGAAAACGGGACUGAUAAGCCGUACGACGAGGAAUUGUUUGCGCAUGCGCGAAUCUGUAUUUCGAAGUUGAGUGCCGACUUCAAGUCUACACUUCAGAAAGUUUCGAACUUGGAGUCGGGUUCUGGUGAUGUGGCGCAAAGAUUGGAAGCCACCGAGAAAGACUUGGCUGAUUGCCGAUUGCAACUGCAGCAGAACGAGGCGAAGAAUAAAUCAUUGCAAGAAACAAUUGCUGCUCAAGAAAAAGUUAAACGUCAGCUCGAAGAGCAGGUUGAUGUGCUGAACGAGAAAUUGGCGGCUGCCGGUGGAGCAGUGGCGCAGAUCAGCGAAGAAGCAAAAGAACAGCACACGAAGCAAGUUGCAGCGCUGAGAGAUGAAAUUGCCGAGAAAAGCCGUAAAAUUGAGGAACUUACUGCAUCAUUACAAGACUUGAGGCUAGCGAAAAAUCAGUUGCAAGCUGAUUACGAGAAACUUAAAAUGGACGAGACGGAGCAGGAGAAGCGAAUCAAAGAACUCUGUGGUCUGGAAGAAACGGUGGCAAAAGAGCUUCACACACUUCACAAUUUGCGUAAAAUGUUUGUGCAAGACAUUGGUCAGCGGAUCAAGCGAGCACCGACCGGCACCGAACCGAAUGAGGACGAAUAUCUGUCAUCGCCGGCACAGAAGCAGAAAAUUGCAUUCCUGGAAAAUAACCUGGAUCAGUUGACCAAACUUGUGCGUGAUAAUGCCGAUCUUCGUUGUGAGCUGCCAAAAAUGGAAAAACGACUUCGUGCUGCCAUGGAUCGCGUGAAAAGCUUGGAAACGGCGUUGAAAGAAACCAAAGAGAAUGCUAUGCGAGAUAGGAAGAAGUAUCAGCAUGAAGUUGAAAGAAUCAAGGAAGCGGUACGCCAGAGGAAUCUUGCUCGAAGAGGCCUUGCUGCCCCUCAGAUUGCGAAACCAAUCCGUCCGGGACAGCACUACUCACCGGUGGGCCCAACGAUGGCUGCAAUGAUGGCGCCUACGAUGCAAAAUUCAAUAAAAAUCACCGCUCAUCCAGUGAAUGCAAAUUCCAUGCAUAAUAAUGGUAUGUUAAUGCACUCGGAAUUAAUUUAA